CCUCACGCAGCCUUUAUAAGAGCGACUGAGGCUGCCGCGCGCAGGUACAGUCAGCGGCGCGGCAUGGCUGUGACUUGUGGAGCGUUGUUGGUGAGCCUCGUGCUGGCGCUGGGAGCGAGUGCACAACACUACAACGACUACACGACGCCUGUGCCCAUCCUCAAGCAGAUCAACAGGCACAAUGAGGACGGCUCCUAUAGCUACGGCUACGAGGGCGCUGAUGGCUCCUUCAAGAUAGAGACGAAGCAUGCCACAGGCGAGGUGUACGGCAAGUACGGCUACGUGGACGACACGGGCUCCGUGCGAGAGGUGGAGUACGGCGCGUCUCGCCGGGGCUUCGAGCCAGCCGGCCAGGGCAUCAACGUGCCGCCGCCCACUCUGCAGAACAACUACGUGAGCGGCAACGCCUACGGCAACGACUACGACGAUGGCCAGUACCACGAGGACCCGAGUGUGUACUUCAAGGACGAGAAGUACAACAGUCGCCCACGUCCCCAGCAGCAGUACAACCCUCCGGCCCACAACAACUACAACAGCCACAACCCUCCAGCCCAUAACAACUACAAUAGCUACAGUCCUCCCGCCCACAACAACUACAACAGCUACAGUCCUCCCGCCCACAACAACUACAACAGCUACAGUCCCCCAGCCCACAACAACUACAACAGCUACAGUCCUCCGGCCCACAACAACUACAACAGCUACAGGCCUCCCCCGGCGCAUGUUGACCACAACCUCUUCAGAGGCCAUCCUGCCAAGAAGUUUGACGUCAGCAGUGGCUCCUACAGCCUGGAGUACACUGGCUGAGCCGUCACAUGCGGUGCUUUUUGCUUCGUGCACAAACUACAUAUGUGCUUUCCUUAUUUAACUUGCGGCUAGUGAAUGCUACCAGCAACCCCAUUUUUUAUGAAUAUAUAAUUAAUGUUUUUGUAUACUGAAAAACAUAGUUAAAGUGCAUAACUUAAAUAAAUAAACUUUGAAAAAUGUUCUUGUUUUAUUUACUAGUGUUACUAUUUAUCCGAAAGACCAAUUGACUUCUUUAUGUCCGAGCAUUAAAAACAUUAAACACUUUUCUAAGUUACCAAAUUAAACUC